GGCACCCAAUGGUGUACAUCACCAACAGCGCGGACGAGAAUCAGGUGAUGCUACAACACCCGCCCCUGCUCCGCGUGCUGCACAGCGGCUCCGUGGAGUCCCACAACACCGAGUUCAUAAAGACCUCCUGCAGGUUCGACCUCUCCCUCUUCCCCUUCGACACCCAGCACUGUGACGUCAUGAUGGUGGUGAUGGGCGGUGAUGUGGUCAUACGGCCGCACGUGCAUUUCAUGCUUGAGCACGAACCCCUCUACAAUUUCCUCUCUAUGCCUGGUGAGUGGUCCAUAGAGCACAAAACCGUGGAAAGCAAGGACACCCCUGGCCCUGUACGCUUCCUGGCCUUGACCUUGACCCUGAAGAGAGCGUCCCUGUACUACAACCUGUUCCUCAUCGCCCCCCUGGUGGUGACGUCACUGGUCACUCCGCUGGUGUUUUGGAUGCCUCCUGGGUGUGGGGAGAAAAUGUCCUACCUCGUGGCCCUGUUCUUGUCCAACACCGUCUUUUUCAAUUUCGUCGGGUCCAUCCUACCGAGAAACGUGUCUGAGGUCCCCCGUCUGGCUUGCUUCCUGUCUGGCACCAGUGUGUCAUGUGUGGUCGCCAUGGCCGCCACCACUCUCGUGCUGCACCGCUACCAAGAGGAAGUUGACCAACUCAAUGUCAGUUCCGAAACGGGAAGCAAUUCUCUGGAGAACAAGACCGUGAGACCAGCAGACGGUACAACAUCAACAAUAAAAGUGUUGCCCGUCUACAAACAGGAAAUCGACCAGCUCAACGUUUCCUUUAAGGGAAGCAACUCUGUUGAAACGGUGAGCUUGGGGUCUGCAGACUGCUUCGUAUCAACAUGCUCGGCUGAGAAAAGAAAGCAAAUGAAGAAAGAGCAAGACGGGUUGAAGUGUGGAGAAAAAGAACCUAAAAUUCUCGAAGAAGCAGAACUAGAAACCGAAGAUGAAAGACGUUUUAGAAGAAGAAAGAAUAAUACUAUUGUGCCCGAAGGAAAAUGCUUAUCCCGGAGUAAGAUGGUGCAUUAUUACGCUUGCAAUGACUCGUGGAGACUCUCAGCCUGGGCUCUUGACAAGAUAUCGUUUGCGAUUUUCUGUCUCAUCAACCUUUCCUUUUACCUAUGGGUAUUUCUUAAUACUUAAAGGAGUAUCAAAUCGUUGAAAUGAACGGAGAGCCACGAUCGACGAUGUCUGGUUCAGAUCUGGACUUUCUGGUGAUGAUGAUUUCUUAUGUAUGAAUGUGUGAGCACUCUGCUUCCUCAGCUGGCGAUGUGGACUAAAUGAAGUCCACUAACCAGUGUCGGAACAUAUCAGAGCUUUUAGUGACAUUGAAUGUACGUAUAUAUGUCAACCUACUACAUUGUAAUGUGUGAGUAUAAAAACAUAUUCUUU